CUUGGUUUUCUUUUGUGGCUAAUAGAACAUUCCAAUGUACCGGUGGAAAAAAACAUCACUUUAGAAAGACCUUCUAAUAUAGAACUCACAUGCCAAAUCACAAUAUCUAGGGGUGUGAAUUCAGUAAAUGUGACUUGGAAAAAAGGUGAUGAACUACUUGAGAAUUAUCUCACCAAUGCAACAGGAUGCAUCCUGUAUGCCCAGUACAUGUUUACCAUCAUUAAUAGCAAACAAAUGGGAAGCUAUUCUUGUUUCUUUGGAGGAGAAAAGGAACAAAGAGGUACAUUUAACUUCAAAGUCCCUGAGAUUCAUGGAAAAAACAAACCAUUGAUCACUUACGUGGGGGAUUCAACUGUCUUGAUGUGUAAAUGUCAACAUUGCUCUCCUUUACAUUGGACCUGGUACCAUAGUAAUGGGAGUGUACAGGUUCCUAUUGAUGUUCAAAUGAGCGAGAAGUAUGCGAUCAAUAGAACAAAUGCUAAUGAAACAAGGCUGAAGAUAAUGCAACUUACAGAGGACAAUCAGGGAUCUUACUGGUGCCAUGCAGUAUUCCAGUUAGGCGAGAGUGAAGAGCGCGUUCAACUUGUGGUGCUGAGUUACUUGGUGCCGCUCAAACCAUUUCUUGGAAUAGUUGUUGAGGUUGCUAUUUUAGUGGCUGUUAUUCUGCUUUGUGAAACAUACACCCAAAAGAAAAAGAAGCACAUAGAUGAUGGGAAAGAAUUUGAACAAGUUGAACAGCUGAAAUCAGACGAUACCAAUGGUGUAGAAAAUAAUGCCCCCAGGCACAGAAAAAAUGAAUCUGUGAGCCAUUGAGAGCGAAACAUCGUGUCAAGAGUCAUGGGAACAUGUGCAGUUUGUAUUUCAGCUUUAUUUAUGCUUCCUAUUAAGAACAUCUGAAUUUUUAUUUUUAAAAGGAUGAAAAGUUUAUGCAAUAUAUUGCUCAGCAGUAGCUUUGUAAUAAUAUAUGUAUGUGGGAUCUAAAGAUAUAUUUUCAGUCUGCAGUUAUUUUUACAUUAAAGCAAGGUAAAUUAUAUUAAAUAUGUUCUAUGAGCUAUAACCUAGGAUAAUUAAUUUCAUCCUGGUCAUCAAAGGAUGCACAGAACAGAUACCAGCAAAACCAGUUAAUACUACACAGAACUAAUGUCAUUCAAGACCUGUUUAUAACCAAAGAAUUCAUUAAAGAGAAAAUCUUCGCCAUUUGCCUUAAAAAGUUGUUUUUUUCUAAUCAUGCUUACUACGUAUAGAAAUAUUUGUAAUAAUUUUCAUGUAAGGUUCGUCCUCUGUCACACUGGAAAAAAACCAUCUUCACUAGGAAAUGAAUACUUUCUGCCUUUGCUAACAAUUCACAAUCGCCACAAGAAAAACAUACUUUUCCUCCACAAAUAGCAGUUUAAGGCAAGGAAAUAUAACCAUAUACUUGCCCCAAAUCUCCCAUCACCACAAAAAAAGCCCAUUUCCCGACCUUUGUUUCACUCCUCUCCACUGCUUUCAGACAGCAGGCAAAAGUGACUCUUAGUCUUUAUGCGGAGCAUUUUUUAAAUGCCAUGGGUUUGGGAUUUCAUAAGUUACACCUGGGCUGAUGCUGUAGGCUAUAGGUCCAUAUAGUCAUAAUAUAGCACUGCGACAGGGUUCUGUAGAAGCACUGCUUCUGUGGUUCAUGGUUUCCUGGUAUCUUUGACUUGGUGCCUGGUGCCCUGAUACUCAUGGGUAGCUAAAUAUCUAAAAAGGCUUUGCUAGUGCUUUCUAGUCACGAUUCCUUUGUUUGAAACCCAGAGGUACUAAAGUAUUUCUUCUCUGUUGUUGUAAAUGCCGUAGACUUUUCUUCAAAAUUAGAAUGGUUCCGUUGGUGUGUAUAACUGAAAUAUUUCAUAAAAUCACUUUAACUAAAUCAAAUGAAAUAGAUCAUGAAAAAUUGUCAGUGGCUUUGAGUGGACUAUUAAAAUCAUACUGCAGGACACUAGACUGUGUUGAAGAUGAUGAUGUGAAGCCUCAGUGUCCCUAGUGCUGGUGGGUCCAGUAUAGCAGCCAUCAGAACAAGCAGAAGCCAAGAGGGAAGAGUUGGGACGGUGACAAGAAACCCAUGAUUUCUGGUGACUAGGAGACUCACAUUUGGAGAAGAGGAGUUCAGUGAUUUGUAAUAAUAAUAAUAAUAAUAAUAAUAAUAACUUCUAGAAAUUUACAUUGUGUCCUGGCUGAGAAAAUAAUAAAAUUGUGUUAAUGAAAAUUGGAGUUUAUAUGGCAUCUUAACUAAUGUUAAAAGUAUUACUAAUAGGAGUAAUACACAUAAAGUCAUGACUUAGAAGCUGCUCAUUGUUUUGUUGCAGAGUAUUUUGUGUAAAGCAUGUUAACUACACAUACACGUUUUAUUGAACUAGAUAUCCCUUAAGUAAUGGCAGAUUUUAUUUCGUUCUUAGUCUCAGAGCCAUAAGCCUUGCAUUGUUUUGGUUUAAUUCAGUAUUUGAUAAAAUUCUCUUGGAUGGUAUCUAUAUGAUGGCAGACAACCAAUCAGGUCACUUAAUUAAUAUAAACAAUUUGAAUUCAGUGAAAAAUGAGACCUAUUAUUUGACUAAGUACAAUUCAAAAUGGUGUAUUUAUGAUUGGCAUAUACAAAACAAUUUGUAGCUCAUAGGCAGUAUGCAUCCUUACGUUUUGCAACACUAUUUAGGCUAAGAUAUUUUUCAAGCAAGAAAAAUUGCUGCCCCUUGGUAAUCUGAAAUGUUUAAAUAGUAAGUUGAAUUUUUAAGGGUCAAUGCUUGCUAUUUUUCCUAGCAAAGGCAAUUCAUUUCAGUGACUUUAAGCAGAAAAAGUACUCAGAAAAUUAAAGUUGAGUUUUGGCUUUUUAGAUCCUCUCUGGAAGAACUUCUGGAAAAUUACUUCAGACUCUUAGAUUAAAAAUGGAAGGCUUCCAUUAACUAACCUCAUGUGGAAGAUAGAUGGAUUAACUCAUAAUAACCAAUUGUAAAUUGGCUGAAAAUUCUAAGCAAGCAGAAAAGCUGACGUAGGAAAACUGCUCUAUGUUUAUAUAUUAGACAUGUUGGGAAGUUCUAUUAAUCUUUCCAGCUAACAGGGUUUUGCAGAAUAAGUACAUUUAAUGAUGUCUUAAAAUUCCCAGAUACUUUCAUAUUCAGUUUAUGCUCUAAUGUAAAUCUUCUCCCCCAUUGUAUCUGUCUCUUUUUUCUCAGCAUCUAGGUACUCAGGCCAAAACCCAGAGCUCAUUAUGACAUUUUCUUCUCCUCUAUUAACUAAUACUCAUUAUUAAUGAAUCUGUUUCUUUACCCUUCUCAGUAGUUCACUAAUCCACCCAUUGCCUUCCCCACCCCACCCUCACCACUGCAGUAGCAAGGGCUUGGCUUUCCUUCUUCUGUCUCAUCUUCUGUUAGUCCAUUUUUUGUACUGCUGCCCGAAUCAUCUUUCUAAAACACAGAUCUCGCUAUGCUAACUUAAUAUGGCAGCUUCCAUUCUGCAGACUCACCUUUGAUAUUCCUUUUAUUUAUUUUUUUAAGUUUAUUUGGAGAGAAAGAGAGCAUGUGCUCACGCACCUGUGUGUGCAGGGGAGUGGCAGAGAGGAAGGGAGAGAGAGAAUCCCAGCGCAGAGCCCUACACAGGGCUUGAACUCACAAACUGUGGGAUCAUGACCUGAGCCGAAAUUCAGAGUCGGAGACUCCACCGACUGAGCACCCAGGUGCCCAUUUCUUAAUACUGCAGUUUUCCAAGUUGCUAAUCUCUCCCCAGUGUCUUGAUUUAGCCUUGAUAUGCAGAGACCCGGUGCAGAAUGCUGUCCCCCACCCUGUGCUCCUUCCAUGGACUGGCCCGAGUUUAGCUUUCAAAAUUUUAAUCUGAUGUUAUUUCCUGGUAGAUCUUUCACACCCAGUGGAAUAUAUACCAUGUUAUUUCAUCAAAUAACUCCACAUUUCUUUGUGUUUAUUACCCUGUAACAUCUGUCUUCUUCCUGUGUCCUGUACCUAACCUACCACAGAGAGGGUGCAUUAGAGAUGUCACAAAAUGUGUGUUGAAUAGGUAAAUGUAUCAGUAAAAAUCAAGUUUCAUAAAUUUGUAGUUAUUUUUAGAACAAUCUAAAUUGUGACAUCAGAAUUAAAACACAUUAUUUUAACAGAGAUAAACAAGGUUUUGAGUCAUUGUUUGCUUCUAUUACUUUGAAAACUACACACUAAUAGAGUCAAAAGCGUCAUCAGAUUUUCAUAAUGUAUUAAUAUCUAGUGAGUGAAGAGAGCUCUGAUUCCUAAACUGCUAUACAAGGUAUGCCUUCUUCAAUUUAUUUAAAAUUCCUAUUGUCCUCUAUUUUUCAUGGACAGUUGGAAUAUUAACCCUAUUUUUAUCUUUUAUUUUAAUGAGAUAAUGUAUUGAAUUUAAAUAUAAACAACUUUAGCAAUUAUAGCCUUUGCAUGGUGCUGUAGUGUCCCCCGCCCCCGCCCCCCCCACCUCAUUUCUCAUUUCUCUUCCCCACCAAUACCUUAUAGUACUUUAGAGUAUCUCGGAAUCCCAUUCAAAAUUUUAUCUUAAAUAAAAAUUUUUAAAGAAAGGUUUCAUUGUUUGGUUUUGAUCACUGAAGAUUUGUCUUUAAUCAAAUUCAUGAAAGAAAAAAAAUGUCAGUUCCGCUCACUUAUUCCCUAGGUCUUCAUCUUUGAGGCAUUUAAAUAGAUUUAUACAAGACGGUUACUGAAUAUUUACUAUACUUCCUUACAGAAAAUGCACUUUUCUAAUUGAAAAAGGCUAUGCAGUCAGUGAAUUAGGGGACUUACUCCCUAUUACCCUUGUUCAUCUUCAGGUGGGAGUGAGUUCAAGUAUGUGUUGCAGUAUUAGUUAAAAGGCACAGGUGUGCCUGGGUGGCUCAAUCGGUUAAGUGUCCAACUUCGGCUCAGGUCAUGAUCUCACAGUUCUGCAUCGGGCUCUGUGCUGACAGCUCAGAGCCUGGAGCCUGCUUCGGAUUCUGUGUCUCCCUCUCUCUCUGCCCCUCCCCCACUCAGGCUCGCUCUCUCUCUCUCUCUCUCAAAAAUAAAUAAUAAACAUUUAAAAAAAAGGCACAGUGACCUACUUAAAGCAUGCUCUGAGUUAAUAUUUAUUGGAUGAAUGAAAAAUAGAUGAAUGACUCAAUUAUGUUGGAAUCUUAAAUUAUACAUAUUUACAUAAUAUCUACUUUGAUUCUGAUUAAUUAACUUUGACUCUAUCCUAUCCAGAGAAAAAGAAAACUGAAACUGCCUAUGUUCAAUUCUGUGGUCUUUAGGAAUGUAUUUGCACUGAAUCUAGAUGGUCAAUUAGAUGCCAAAUUGAGUUCCUCAUUAAGAAUAUAUAAAUUUCAUUAAAUAAUAAAACCUGACAUUUGUCGAGUGCUUAGCAUGUGACAGGCACUGUGCUGAAUGCUUUGACAUGUGUUGCCUCCUUGAAUCCCUACAUCACAUCCUUAUGCUACAGGAAAUAUUACCAUUUGCUGUAUUAGAGAUGAGAAACCCAAAACCUGGGGAGACGGUGUUUGGAGCUGGGAUGGAAAUUCAAGGAGUCCUUCUCAGGAGUCUUCGUUUAACAACCAUGUUGAACAUCUUUAGCCCCUACUUACAUGCGUCUUAGAAAAUGAGGCUAUUAUCUAUAUCAAGUAUCUUUUAAAAAAAAUUUUAUUUUCUCAGAUGGUCAGUUAAAGAAGUUCCACAAUCUUAUCCUCAAGGCUUAUAGGAUCUGUGCUGUGUCCCUAUGAGUGGUGCUGGGGAAUCAUGACCCUUCUGUUCCUUUGGAGAGUCCUUCUUCCCACCUCCCCCUAUUUUUACUCCUCAGUAGUUAGUGUGAACAUUAGCUUUAUCAUCCAAACACUGAGAAUGAAAGAAAGCAUAUGUAUCAUUUCACCAGGACAACAGACAGAAAAUGGACCUGUAUGGUCACAUUUUUCGUCUGCAGGGAAGAACUAAGUACUUUAUGGAUAUUCUAGCCUAGGCAUAGCAGUAACAUGUAUAGCAAGUUUGAGUGAUAAAUUCAAGGUCAGGGAAAGAACUAUCUUU